AUGGGUCACGUCAAGCUUGCCAACUACUCGCUCGCCUACAAACGAAUCAAGAAUGCCGCCUUUGACGGUGCUGGACCAGGAACACGUACCACCGUGCUCUUCUUUGUUGCACCCGACGUAGAUGCCAUAUGCGCAUACAGAAUGUGGACGACCCUUAUGAAAUCGGACAGCAUCAGCUAUGUUGUGGUUCCUGUAGCAGAAAUGGAAGAUAUCCGAAUAGAAGCGAAGAAAUCAAGCGCAUCGAUCAGGUCCAUAUUAAUGCUGAAUUGUGGCGGUCUAUUCAACCUUGAGGACUAUAUCAACUUGACGGAGGACGUAACAAUCUAUGUUCUGGACAGCCACAGGCCAGUAAACCUACGAAAUGCGUUCUGGAAUAACGAGGUCAUUGUCUUUCAUGAAAGCGAUCUAGACAAGGAUCUUGCAUUGGAAAAGGAUGCCAUCAUAUUCACAGAGGAAAACGAUUAUGAUCAACACAAUGGCCGUGACGCAGAUUCUGACGAAGAUGAUUUGGACGGUGAGCUGGAAGACGACGAGGAAGAGGACGAAUAUGAUGGCGAAGGCGGUGAACACCAUAGGCGUCGAAGGAGGCGGACUGGGCUUGACUCAGAGAUUGAGCCGAAAGUGCCAAAGGAGCUUCUUCGCAAGUGGAAAGAAUCCCGCGCCAUUGUCGUCGAAUAUAUGUCCAGAGGAUCUACAUACGGGACGUCGAUAUCAAAUCAAACCUAUAUGAUGGCGAAUCAGCUAGACCGCACAUCCGCUGACAUUCUCUGGUUAGCUAUUGUUGGCUUAACAUCCCAAUACGCAAACGAUCAAAUCGGCCACAGAGACUACCUGGACAUCGUGCAGACCUACAAGGAUGAAUCGCAGAGACUGACACUAAACGAUCGCCAAAAUCGGAACAGCCCAGGCAGAAGACCCGACAACUCGAAUCUUGGACCAGCAACAACUACUCCUGAAGAUGGGUUCAUUCAGUGUACAGAUGAAUACAGGUUCAUGAUGGUUAGGCAUUGGUCUUUGUACGAAAGCAUGUACCACUCCAACUACGUGGCAUCUCGUUUAGGUAUUUGGCGCGAGGCAGGUCGGAGCCGCCUCCUAGCGUUACUCGCCAAGAUGGGGUUUUCAUUAGAGGAGUGUCAACAAGUGUUCGCGCACAUGAGCAUCGAUCUCAAAAAGAUUUUGAAGGAUCGACUCGAACAGGUGGCACCUGAGUUCGGCCUUCACGAGAUCCUAUACACAUCAUUCACUCGAUCAUAUGGAUACCGAGGUAUAAUAAGCGCCAGUGAUGUCGCACAUUCUGUGACAAGUCUGUUGGAGUCCUCUAAGGAGGCGCUCGUUGCGCUGGGACACGAAUCCAACCGGAUAGCAGAGGAAUCACUUCGCACGAGUGCUGUCACGGGCAGAUCUAGCGACGAAAAUGACGAGAAUGAAACAUCAUCAUGGUGGACAGAUAACUUUUACCGAGCGUGCGAUUCAUUGGACCGUGGGGGAGGAGAGGAUGAUCAGCUUAGGCAGGGAUUGCGGCUAUGCAUGAACAUCCAAAAGGCUGUGGUCCGCCAGGCGGUUGCGAUCAUUGACAAGCAGCAAAUUAUCACACUUUCCAAGUGCCGCGUCGCAACUCUAAAAGAUGGCCCCGAUCUCCCCAUCUUUUGGAACCCGUUAACGCUCAACAAGUUAGCGCAGUUCCUUGUUUAUGCCAUCAGGGAAUAUGGAAGCAGGAAAACAACUCAUCGGCCUAUACCCCUAGUGAUUGCAGUGCUGAAGGAAAAGACGCAGACAUUUGUGGUAACCGGCGUGCAUGGAUCACCUGUGAUCGGCGAGGCUAUUCCAAACAAGUUCGGCAUUGUCUUUGAAAAGAUAUCGUACAACGAACAGAUUCCGGUGAAGCAUUUGGGCUUUGACAAGUCUGCGGUAGAGAUCGACCGUGACGACGUGGAGACGUUUAUGAAGUCGAUCAGCCGUUACUUGCGGUAG